UCAAAGCCACAUUCUGGUCUGGGAUGCUCUCAGCGCAGCAGACAAAGGACGGGGCCCCGUGCUGUUGGUGGUAAUUAAAAAAAGAGUCUCAGAGGAAGAAGAAAAAGUAGCAGCUGAAAGUUAACUGCCACAUAUCACAGUCUGCUCGCCUGAAGCUAAGCAUGCAUCUGGGAGUUUUGGCGCUGCUGUUUUUAGCGUGGAGUUGCCAGUGCGCUCCGCAGCAGCCGUGUCAUCCAGGAGAGCAGUUUUUAGGAAGAUGCAGCAGCAGCACACGGGAAGAAACACCUACUUGCACAGAACUGAACCUGGGCUACUGUAAUGAUCUGGAGUACUCAACCACCAAAUUCCCUAAUAUUCUUGGUCACCAAAGUCGUAUUGAAGCUGAGUCAGGAGCAGAAUACCUCCUUCUGAGUGUCAUCCAUGGUCUACUCAAUGGUGAGUGCUCCCCUGAGAUCCGUCUUGUAGGGUGCUCGGUACUGGCCUCACCCUGUCGGGAUAACAAGAUUAUCAAACCAUGCCGCAGCACAUGUGAGGCAUUGAGGAAAGACUGUAUGCACGCCUUUGAGGCCAUUGAGAUGGCCUGGCCCUACUUCCUGGAUUGUGAUCGCUUCUUUGCUGGUAAUGAGGAGGGCUGCUUUGACCCAUUAGCAGGGCUGAAAGCCAGACAGGAGCUGACGUUAUCCAGUCUCACUCCAGAAGAACCAAGCACCAUCAUUCAGUUCACCUACACCUCUAAUGCCCAAAUGUACAGCUUACUGAAGAGAACAGCAGCCAAAUGCUCCCAUAUCUCUCAGGUCUACAGCAUUGGAAGAAGCACAGAAGGCAGAGAUCUGUUGGUGAUCGAGUUUACUGACAACCCAGGACAGCAUGAGCUGCUUGAGCCAGAGAUUAAGUUGGUGGGCAACAUGCACGGAAAUGAGGUGCUAGGCCGUCAGCUGCUCAUCUACUUGGCGCAGUACCUGUGCUCAGAAUACAUCCUGGGAAACCAACGAAUUCAGUCCAUCAUUAACAACACUCGGGUGCACAUUCUGGCCUCCAUGAACCCUGACGGUUAUGAGCUGGCUGCCUCAGAGGUAGAGGAUAGCAAUGACCCGGAGCUCUCCAACCAGGAAGGUCAUUUGCUGAAUGGAUGGAUAAGCGGACGUGCUAAUGCCCAGAACCUUGACCUGAACCGCAACUUUCCUGAUCUCACCUCUAUCUUCUACCGAAACCGUCGCAGCAGGCACUACCGCAUAGAUCACAUCCCUAUCCCUGAUGCCUACUGGUUUGGGAAGGUGGCACCAGAGACCUUUGCAGUAAUGAAGUGGAUUAGGUCACUGCCAUUUGUUCAGUCUGCCAGCCUUCAUGGAGGGGAGCUGGUGGUCUCCUACCCUUUCGACUUCUCCAGACACCCACAGGAGGAAAAGAUGUUUUCACCAACACCAGAUGAACUGAUUUUCAAGCAGCUUGCUCGCACUUAUGCAGAUGCUCAUGCAACCAUGUCAAACAACGACACAGACAGGUGUGGGGCCUCUUUUUAUCGCACCAGAGGCAUCAUCAAUGGUGCACUGUGGUACAGUUUUGCUGGUGGUAUGUCUGAUUUCAAUUACCUACAUACCAACUGUAUGGAGAUCACAGUGGAGCUUGGCUGUGACAAAUUCCCCCCAGAGGCUGAGCUCUAUCCAGAAUGGAAAAGAAAUAAAGAAGCUCUGCUUAGUUUUCUUGAAUCUGUCCAUCGAGGAAUAAAGGGUGUUGUGAGGGAUACAGAUGGAAAUGGUAUAAAGGGUGCAACUGUUUCUGUCAGGGGGAUUAGGAAAGACAUCACUACAGCUGAGGAUGGAGAUUACUGGAGGCUGCUUAAUUCAGGAACUCACAUUCUGACAGCUACUGCCAAAGGCUAUUCAAAGGUCAGCAAGAGGGUUCAUCUCCCUCACAACAUGAACAAAGCUGGACGGGUCGACUUCGUCUUAAAAAAGGUUCCCCUGGAGCCGGAUAUAGAUGAUCACCUCUUCCCCUCGGUUGACACCUGGGAUCGAUUCGACCCCUAUAACCAUUUUGAGCGAUAUGGCGAGCCAGUAGUUACUGAGGAGGGAAUAGAGCGGCAGGAGAAACCCUGGUGGUGGAGCUACUUCUCCCAGUCUGGCAUCUCAUCUCCAAACUGGCUGCUGAAAAAUGUAUAGAAUGAUUUUGGAAAAGCGGACGUUCACAUGCAUUCAUGUAGCAGUGGCUCUGACACUGACUUUCAAACCUUUCAUCCGAGCAUUUUGAAAAAUAUUUUAAGAUUUUGGGGCCAAUAUUAUUCUGCUCUCUGGAUUUAACUCAGUUUGAACAAUAAAUAAAUAAAUGAAUAAAUAAAUAAAUAAAAGUAGGGAUGGCACAGUAUUCAUCACAAGUAGAAACGUGCACUUAAAAUAAAUCAAUUUCUAAUGAUCUACUGUGUAAAAUAUUCCAGUUUUAAAAUUUGAGUUUGAUGUGUUGUUUUUGAUGUCAUACAUUAAAUACAAAAUCUUCCCGUUUUUAUUUUUUAUUUUUAUCUUUUGUAAGCCAAAAGGAAACAGUGGAGCAUUCAGUCCGGUCAAUAUCAAGCACCUGCACUAAAUUAAAGCUUUCCAUAGAAGGGUUUGUACCAUCACUGUGUACACAGUUAAAUGGCUUGCUUUGAUUCUUGCUUCAGUGUGAAAUAAAUAU